GACAAUGACAGAUCACAUAGCCGAGAACGAGGAGAGUACACCGGCCGGGGGCAAUACAACUCCCGAUAUAACUACAAUGUUUGGCGCCCUCCUGGAGCAAAUGAAAACGAUGAACGAAAACUUCUCUUCUUUCUGUUCGCCAGGAGAAGAAGAAGAGGAGGAGGAGGAAGGGAGUGAGACUGACGCUCAAGAUGGCGAUCAUGACACCCGUUUCAGAGAGCUCCUCUCAAAGAGCUCCACUGAUAGCCCCGGCGAAGGGCAAAGUAGCGAUGUUCUUAAAGACAUUGCUCAAGAUCUCAGUCUUAACGAAAAGACUGGCCCUCCUAUAUCAAAGGAGUUGRCAGACAUUUUCACAGGCCUCAUCGCGAAGAAAAUGGACGAAACAAAGCUAAAAGAAAAAAUGGAUCAGCACGUUAAGCCCGAAAACAUGGAGGACUUACGAGUGUUAAAAGUUAAUCCCUUGGUAUGGAAUCAACUCUCCUCUCAAAUGCGUACCUUGGAUUCUAAAUCCCAGAAGUCACAGGCUAUAUUACUGUCCUCAAUAAUCGCGUGCGUGAAGGCCGCGGAUAUUGUUGUGCGUAAAUAUGGUAGCGACCGUGAACUCGCUAUUUUGCUAGCCGACAGUGUAGCAUUAGGGCUACARUACAACCACGAGGAAAACCAGGCCAGAAGACAGGCGAUGAAACCCGAACUACACAAAGAUUAUGCGGCUUUGUGYAAUGUUACCAUUSAGGGCAACGCAGAAUACCUGUUUGGGGAUAUCUCCAAACUCACAAAAGACAUCGCCGAGGCGAAUAAGCUGGCAAAGAAAGUCCGCCCAAAGGUUUCUACCAACCCACGUGGGGACCGCUACAAUCACGGUCGGGCUGGGUCGUCAGGAUAUAACCGGCGUUUCCAACCCUACAACAGCAAGAACCGAGGAAGUUCUUUUUUAAACAAAAGUUUUCUCUCCAAAAGCAGAAAGAAAAAGGAGGGAACGAACAGCAAUUAGCUGUAGAGACAAAGUCUGAUCUCCAGGUGCCUAUCCAAGAUCUCGCAGGACAAAGCGCAAGGAAUACUGAUAGUGC